UCUCUUUAAGUUACUAGUAAUCGAAGCAUUGUUUCAUUAAUUUGUUGGGUUGUUUAAGAUGUGUACUUUGAACUCCCCUUGUCACAUGUUUUGCUUUACUGAGCAAUCCCAUUUACUUAUUUUUGGCUAGUGAUUAUAUGUUCUUCUCUAAAAUUUUACUUCUAUAUAUCCUGCUGGUAGUUCUAUGUUUUGAUCUUAAUAAGUUGGUUUCUUAAUUUGGACUAUAUAAGUUUUCUUUUCUUUUAUUUGUUAUUUUGAUUAUUAUUUACUUUCGUUCUCGAUCAAUCUCAUCUGUCACAUUUCUGUUUCAAAAGCAUGGAGUGAUUAAAAAUUGCAUCUUCAAGCAAGGUUUCAUGGUUACUACCAUUUUACUGCAUUUUUUUUCCCUUUUUUCUGCAGAAUAUGUAGUUAAGCAUACCGAAAAGUGCUUCGAAUCGAGCUCAUAUGCAAGAACUGAUCAUGGUUUCCUUUUUUAUACUCCUCAGAUCAUCAGCUGGUCUGUUGAAAACCUAAUUAAUUGAUUCUCAUUCAUGGACUUUUUUCCUUUUUCCUGCUAGAUUUUUGUUAUUGUUUUUUUUUUUUUGUGUUAUUCUUAUUUCAGAAAAUCUUUUUUUAAAAAAAAGCAGAAGAAGAAAGGAAUUGCAGUAUUUUUCUUGAUUGUCACAUAGAUGCUGUGAGCAUACUUGAAUUGAAAAGAAUCAGUAUCAAUCUAAACAGAGAUUGCGGAAACAAAGCGAAAACAAUAAUCAAAUUAAGUUUCUGAUGUUAUACCAAAACGAAUUGACAGGUUUCAGAGUGUCAGCAAAUGCAGGACCACAUUGAGGUGCUUGCACAUGGAAAAAGAAGCUCUUUUCACAUUUGAAUGAUAAAAUUCUUUAGACAAAACCAAAUAAAUGUUGAUUCUCAAAUGUGAGGACUAAAAGAGAAUUUUAAUCAGGUCUCCAAAAGAAAUUUCAAGUAAAACUAAGGAAAGAAGAAGAACCCAUUUCGGAAACAAUUCCGACCAUUUGUUCUUCGUAUUUUUCAGUAAAAUGUCUUGCUCUGUUCAUUAUCUUCCUGUUGUUAUGCUUCUCUUCUUUCCUUUGAAAAGGAGGAAACAUUUGUUUCUGUUUCCCAUGCAUGUCUCACAUUUUAGAACUCAGAAGAAUUCUCAUCAAUGGGAGCUAGUUUUAGUUGCACUCAAAGAUGAAUUCGGACCGUUUGAUUUGAGUUUUUUUCGACGUAAGGUUAUUUGAGAAUCGAGAGACUCAUAUACUUCUCUCACCGAUGAUUUCUCGAUUCCCCGAGUAACAUGUAGUUUCUCUAUUCUGAAAAAAAAACCUAUCUCGUUCGGUUUCAAUAUAAUUGCAGAGCGGAGUGCUUUCUCCCACCAAGUUACGAAUGAAACUUCUCGGAGCUCACAACCGCAUAAGAAAGGCGGGGAGCAAUUCAUCGCGGACGUCCCCUUCGAAGAAUGCGGACACAGAAUAUGCACAGAAUGGCUUAUUAAUGAACGACACCGAUGAAGAAGAUAGCUCUAAAGGCUGCAAAGAUUCGUCGGCACUUGAUGAUGCAGCGAAUUUCGAAGCCCCGAGAACGGAUUUGCCCCAAGAUUACUCAAAGGAUUCGACUACGAUGGAUCAUCACGGUGAAGUUCAGACCAUCUCUAGGAUUGUUUCUCAUCAAUUUCAGCCCAACAGCUCGAGCGCGAUACACCCUAUAAGAAAUUUAGAAGAAGAUGGCAGCAAUGCCAAUGCCUCUAACUUCGAGUUUCAUCAAGUGGAGAGAACACCACAGCAUUUACUGGCUGGCGGCCCGUUCUCUAGAUCGGCUUCAUCAAAGUGGAAUGAUGCGGAAAAAUGGAUCGUAAGUCGGCAAAAGAUGCAUGUCUCAAAGAACAAUGUUGUACAGAUUCCAGAAAACUAUCAGAUAAGUUCAACUGCAAUUAGACUUGCACCCGAAUCUAAGGUUUCAGAUCGCAUGAAUUGUGUGAUUCAAGCAGUAGAUACUAAAAGGAUCGGCGAUUCAUAUUCUGCAUCCCAAAAUGUGUUAGAGAAGUUCUCUUUUGUCACCCAUCAAUCAAAUUACAAUUCGAGUGGACAAACGAGUUUUUCGCCCGGUAAUGGUUCAGGUGGCAUGUUAAGAAAUCAGAUCGAAGUCAAUCAGAAGGCUUCAUCCGCCGCGAGAAGAACACAUGACGAACCAACAGUAGCUCGCAAUGUGCAAUCGGCGUCCACUAGAGAUGUGGGUACUGAAAUGACUCCCAUUGCAAGCCACGAGCCAUCAAGAACCACGACUCCUCUCGGAUCAAUGACGCCCGUUCGUAGCCCUAAAUCCUCAACUCCAUCUACACCAGAAAGAGGAGCUUCGGCUAAUGCAGAAAACUUUAGAGGAAAAAAUAGCAAAAAUGAGAUGUCAGAGAGAGAAUUGAGGCUCAAGACAAGGAAAGAGAUUGCGGCUCUUGGCAUACAAUUGGGAAAGAUGAAUAUUGCCUCUUGGGCUAGUAAAGAAGAGCUCGAAUCGUCUUCUCAGAUAGCUGAAACUAUUGAUUCAGAUCAUCUUACGAGAGAGUUCGAAGCUCGAGCAGAAGCAUGGGAGGAAGCUGAAAAUUCUAAACAUACUGCGAGAUAUAAACGAGAAGAGGUCAAAAUUCAGGCAUGGGAGACUCAACAGAGAGCGAAAUAUGAAGCUGAAAUGAGAAAAGCGGAGGAUCAAGCAGAAAGAAUGAGAGCAAUAGCAGCUGAGAAGAUGGCAGAAAACCUCGAAAUAAUGAAGCGGCGGGUCGAAGAGAAACAUGCAGAAGCAGAAGCCAGAAUGAACCAACAGGCCGCAAAAGCAGCUCACAGAGUGAAUCAGAUUCGACGAACCGGACGAAUCCCUUCAUCAUAUAAACUGUGUUGCAGUGGGCGCUUUUAGUUUAUUUUUUCAACUUUAGAUUGGUAGAGAAGAUGUACGAGUAGUUGUUACGUGAGAAUUGAAUAUUUACAUUCUUAUUGAGCCCAAAUCUAUGCUAGAAAUUGUAAUUGUUUGAUUAUAUUGUGAUAAUUUCUUUUGAUGUCUCCAGUAGUGCAAAUUAGAGAAAAAGUUGGAGCUUUAA